AUGGUGAUGAUCAAGUCCAGUGUCCUCUUACUGCUUCCCUUGACAGUCGUCAACGGUGAUGAAGGCAUGUAUUACAAUAACAACAACAACAAUAACAACAACGCUGCGGUUAACAGUGUCAACAACUUUGGUGGACAAUCCUUGACAAGCAGCAGCAACACGUAUUCCAACCCACAGGGAUCUUACAAUAGCCAAUACACAAACAGCAACAGCAACAUGAAUGGUAACUUGAGUGGCAUGACUCAACAGAUUCCUUCAGGUGCCGCUGGUGGAGGCAAUCCCUUUGGUGGUGGCAUGGAUCAGGGCGAUGAUUUCAUUGGUGCCAUGUCAUCGUAUGGCGGUGACAUGAUGACCAUGAUGUUUGGGCAAUGCCUCAACAAUAUUGAUAUGAACAAAUUGAUGGACGAUCCCUUUGCCGAUGUUAAGAAUCGUUGCAACGCCCAACAAGCCACCACCUUUAACAGUGCUCUCGAUUCGUUCAAGACGUGUGCUGGAUUUGAUUUGAAGGAACUGAUUGAAGACUUUGGUAGCAUGUACAUUGGGCUACUUCUGAAUUGUGGAUCCUACUUUGUGGAUGUCGCUCAAGAAUUGGAUGACAUUGGUAUGGGCAUUGAAGAUAUGGAAAAGCUCAAGGCCAAGGAAUCUCCUUUGCCACGAGUUCCACAAGAGUGCGUCGACGCCAUGGUCGGUGACAAUCCAUUCGGAACUGCCUUUUUGUAUGCCGAAGAAUUUCCAGAACGCGAACAAAAGUGCUUUUCGGAAAUCGCUGGCAAGUUGCCCAUGUGCACCCUCAGCGAAUGGCCGGUUCCCAUUGUAGGAAACUGGCUCUCUGCCUUUUCUUGCAUCUACGGUAACGCCAACGAUGUUAUCAUGCCCUUGAUGCAAGAUAGUCUCACGCAAGAACUCAAGAUGCUCAACGACUGCAUCCCUUCAGAAGUCACCCAAUCGAACUGCAAGGACAUUCGCAACAAGUGUGUCUUUGAGUUUGACACGCCCGCCAUGACCAUGGUCAUGCCACCUCCGUUCUGGGCUCCACCCAUGGCACAAAAGUCCAAGGAUAUUGCUAGCGCUCAAUUUGGUGACCUUGCGGAUCGUUACGAAGCCUAUCGUCAGACGUGUGUUCCACCUGCUGAUAUGGCCAUUUGGGACGUUGCUGCCCAUCACAUGGAAAAGAACAAGGGAGUCAGUGGUGGUGCAACCUACUUUAUGGAAUCAUCUACUUCUGAGGAUGAAAAGAAGGAGAAGGCCGAUGGUAUGGAGGAAGUAGAAGAAGAAGCUGCCCAAUUGGGAGCUGCUGCUGCUCCACCUGCGGCUGCAGCGAAGACGUCUUCCACCAAAUUUAUGCCUGGAUUGCUCACUGGAAUGAUUGUAGCGGUGGCGGGUAUGUUUGGAUACAACAAGUACCGCAAUGGAGGAGGACAUAUGCCAAUGAAUAACAUGGGAUACCAAUUCAAUUCCUUGGAACUUUCGGAAGGUCCCGGGUUUAGCUAA